AUGUCGCAAGACAGUGAACCUCAGUUGUCGCAAGGUUCCCUUGCGCCUCCUGUAGAGUUUAACAUUCCAGCAAAUCAAGUUCAGCGGACAAACUUUGCUGCAUCUCCAGAUUUGGCGAAGACUGAAAGCCAUACAUCGGAGUCGGAGAAGAGCAAGUUACUUUCACCCCCUCCAUUGUCCUCAUCAGACAUGACCCCUCCGCCAUCAACGCAAGUACCAGGAGCUCCUCUUCGUCGCUCUCGGUCCCGAUCCCGAUCAAAUUCACUCUUGGAAUCCCAACCAAAUAUGGAAAAGUCGCUGUGCGCCGCAUAUGGGGCUUCCGAGAACCUGCCAACAGUCGAUGAUAUCAACGCAGCCAACGAGCCCCAACUUCGCGCCAUUUCCAAGGACUUGCUUAACAUAGCGCAAGAAGCUCGCAUGUCCUCUCUGCACUUCAAACUGCAACAUAGCCUGUUAUCAUUCUCAAGCAAUGAAGCGAUCAAACGCGCUGAGGUCGAGCACCAAUUGGCAAGACGUGAAGUUGAGAUUCUCCAGAGCUCAGAGUAUCGCAACCGUCAUGGCCCAGCCGAAAUUAAACCAUUGCAGCCAAUUUCCAAUGCGGAGCUGGAAUUGGCUCUCAGGAGAAAUCAAGAACUCGAGAGAAAUAAUGACAGUCUUGAUCGAAGACUGCGUCGCGCAAAGAGACUCAUCGAGCAAGAAAAAGUCAAAUCCGAUAUGCUCAACGAAGAAAACCAGCGAUUAAAGGGGCGCAUUCGAGACAAUCGGCAACAUUUCUCUUUGAUGAUUGAGCAAGGAUCUAUGUCUCUCAGUCCCCACGCAGAGCUCCACACUCCUCGCAGGAGAUCCAGUCGCCACAUUUUUGAUCACAGUAAUACGAGUAAUCAUUAUAGCAGCCACCAAUUGAGCAGGGAAGAAAGUGGCCUUGCGGCUCUUCUUGCUGCGGGCCAAUUUGCGGACCGAUUCUCCAACACUCAAGAAUCCGCGAGCGUUGCUUCCACUCCUGAUCAAAAUUUCACGCACUGUCAGCAUCCCAAUGGCGACAUUCAUGGUUCCAAUCAAGUGUUGUCUGUCCCUAGGACGCCUUCUCGCUCUCAGACAGCCCAUCAGCAGUACUUGACUCCAGUGGGAAACACCCGCCAAGAGCAGUAUGAUCGGGAUAGCACCAUCUCUGCCUCGGAUAUCGAAGAAGCGGAGACUGUACAGGGAGAAGAUGAUGAAAGAGAAGAAGAGGCCCAAGGUUCGCAGGCUAGCUCACUGGCAACAGAUAUGCUUCGCCGCAACGCUGGGAGCCAUCGUCAAGAGACUCGAAGUUCAGCCAAUGUCCCAAAGACCAGCACACUGUUGCAGACAAAACUAUUUGGCCAGGUGAAGAAAGCUAGAGCAGAGCCUGCUGUUAGUUUGAAACGCAAAGCAACUCACGAGGAAGAGCGAGGGGCGAUCAAGCACAACAACCAAAUCCUCAACCAGCACUUCCGCAAGGACUGGCAGCAGCGUGUGCGCGUCCACUUCGACCAGCCCGGUCGCAAGCACCGCAGACGUGAUGCCCGUCUCGCUAAGGCCGCCGCCGUCGCUCCCCGUCCGGUUGACCAGCUGCGUCCCGUUGUGAGAUGCCCUACCGUCAAGUACAACCGUCGUGUCCGGGGUGGUCGUGGUUUCACCCGUGCUGAGCUGAAGGAAGCUGGUAUCCCCGCCAAGCUCGCUCGCACCGUCGGUAUCGCCGUUGACAACCGCCGUGUCAACUACUCCAAGGAGUCGCUUGUCGCCAACGUCGACCGCCUUCAGGACUACAAGGCUCGCCUGAUCCUCUUCCCCCGCAAGAGCGGUCAGUUCAAGAAGCUCGACUCGUCCGCUGACGAGGUCAACGCCGCCAAGGCUGCUUUCGCCGCUGACGGCAAGACCGAGGGUUAUGCUACCAACGUUGGCGCUUCUUUCCCCGUCAAGAACCCCACCGCCGAGGAGGCCAUCACCGAGGUCAGCCGUGACAGCCUGCCCAAGGGUGAGGAGUCUGCUUACAGACGCUUGCGGGAUGCCCGCAGUGAGGCCCGUCUCCGGGGUACUCGGGAGAAGCGCGCCAAGGCUAAGGCUGAUGAGGCUGCUGCUGCCAAGAAAUAG